UUGGUGAGGCUGUCACCGCCCUCGGGCCGCCCUUGACCGCGGUUCUCCUCCCGCCUGUUCCGGGCAUCUCUGUGCCUCCUGUUCUGAUUCUGGAGUCUUGUUCACUAGCUAUCAGAUUUCCUCUCAAAGGUCAAGGCCGAGUUCAAGGUACAGCUGGGUGGGAGGCAGGCUUGAUGUUUCAGGGAGAACUCGGGGGUUGGUAGCUGGAGACAGAUUGCUUCGCUAAUGGGUUGAUGGUUAACGUUCGUACUUGGACCUGGAGCAGGUCUGAACCUCACCUUCCUGGGGAAGGUCGUCUCUGCCCAGCAGAGCGUCUGGUGGGGGACCUGCGUGUGGGCUGUGGGAGACUCUCCAAGAGGCCUGAGGUGCUGAUGACAGGCUGGGCCUGGCUCCCGCUGGUGGCCCCACUUGGUAUGUUGACUUGAGUGGUGAGGGAGUGCGGGGGUGCCUGGGGGAGGACACCGCCAGGAGCAGUGAGGGUGGCCUGGAAACUGGCCGGGAGGUGGAGAAUCACUUGAUUUCCCCACAUAGGUGCCCGGAAGCUUCCUGAGGCCAAGGUCAGCCUCUUGGGCCUGCCCUUCAGCGGUCCUCUUUAGGAGUCUGGCCUCCUGCAAGGGCAGUCAGGCUGGGUCUUCCAGGGUCUCAAGCAGCCACAUGGAGGCUCCCCUGGACUCUUUAUCUCAAGGGCUUCUAGACUUUGGAGAGUGGGAGCUGUUUUCCCCUAAGCCUGGGCUGAUGGCCCAGUACCCAGGGUAUAUGUUUAUUGGUUGAAUCACUUCUGAGUAGGUGCAGGAUGGUGGGUGUCUGGGGCUGCAACUGACUCAGCUUAAAACAGCUCCUCCUCCAGCCUGCAGUGGGCUGCAUGCCCACUCGGUUAUUUUGGUUGGUGUUACAGAGCCACAGAGUUAUCUGGCGGGGGCACAGUCCUCUGCCCUGCCCAGCCCCCAGUGAUAGCUCUCCUAUAAAAGGGCUGAGCUGCUCCACUCCCCUCACUGGGGGUGUGAGGAGCAGGGGGGACCAUGGACUUCGUCAGCAUCCAGCAGUUGGUAACUGGUGAGAGAGUUGAAAGGAAAGGAUUGGGAUGUGGACACGGAGUUCUGGAUCCUGGAGGCGGGCCUCGAAACUGGAGGCUGGGGCCCCAGGAGGCCGAGGCCCAGGAGAGGCAGAAACUGGAGGAGAAGAGGAAGAGACUUGAAAGAUUUAACAGUUCCAGAACUAACUUGGAGAACCUGGCUGACUUGGAGAACUUGGUUCAAAGACGGAGAGAGAAGCGACUGAAACGCAGAGUCCCCCCUAGGGCACCCGAGCCUGAGGUCAAGCCGCAGCCCCAGGCCCAGCUGGAGCCUGUGGACCUGGAGGUGUUCCUAAAGGCAGCUGCUGAGAACCAGGAGGCCCUGAUUGACAAGUACCUGACAGACGGAGGGGACCCCAACGCUCAUGACAAGCUCCACCGCACGGCCUUGCACUGGGCCUGUCUGAAGGGUCACAGCCAGCUAGUGAACAAGCUAUUGGAGGCAGGUGCCACCGUGGAUGCUCAGGACUUGCUGGACAGGACCCCCGUGUUCUGGGCCUGCCGCAGAGGGCACCUGGACAUCCUCAAACACCUGCUUAACCGGGGCGCCCGGGUCAACACCCGGGACAAGAUCUGGAGCACCCCCCUGCAUGUGGCCGUGCGCAUGGGGCACUGUGACUGCCUGGAGCAUCUCAUCGCCUGUGGAGCCCAGGUGGAUGCGCAAGACAAGGAAGGGGACACAGCUCUGCACGAGGCCGUGCGGCACGGCCACUACAAGGCCAUGAAGGUGCUGCUGCUCUACGGAGCCAAGCUGGGCGUGCAGAACGGGGCUUCACUGACCCCAGUGCAGCUGGCACGGGACUGGCAGCGGGGCAUCCAGGAAGCACUCCAGGCCCAUGUUGGGCACCCCCGUACCCGCUGCUGAUGACAGCAGCCCUGUGGGGUCACUCGCAGCCACCAUUCCACCCCCAUCACCUCCCACCCCAAGUUGCUCACACAUCUCACCCACGUGGUCCUCCCUCAGCCCCAGGGCUGUCUCCUUGCCUCCAGGCAGCCCUGUCAGAGCCGGGGGCAGCGCUGAGCCCGGCAGGUAGAAAUGCAGGCCUCCCUGGCUUUGAGUCCAGGGCUGAGCCGUUCCCCGCCAGGGCACAGCGGGCAGGGCUGAGCAGAGGACCCGGGUGAGCAGGAAACAAAGUGGGUCCAGAUGAGGGGCAGCAGAGGAGGUGGGGGCCCAGGAUGGAGCAGGAAGGGAGCAAGCUUCGCGUUCCCCAGGUUGGUCCUCGACCUCCUCAGUGGCCACUGAUCCUCAGUCCAAUAGGCGACUAGGCCUCUGCCCUCAAGGGCCCGCCACUCACCAGUGGUGACUCAGCGCAUGGCCAGCAGCUGCCGUCCAGGCCAGAGGCCCCUGGGCGCGGUUUUUCCCGGGGACUCCGUUCCUAUCAGCAGCAACCCUGGUAGCAUCUGGAGUGGCUCCAGCUACGUCAGCCUGGGGGCUCUGGAGUUGGGUCUGGCCGUCCGGACAGGGCUGCUCAACAGGUUUGAGCCCCUCUGCAGCAGAAGGCCAGCCCCACCUGGUUGCCUCAGAAGCCCCAAGGCCGAUGAGCUGGCGCUAACAUUUAUUUCAGGGAAAUCUCGUGCCCAUGUCUGAGGCUUCGGCCCGGCCGGCCUGCCGCUCUCUAGUUGGCCAGCUGGCGGCUCUCCUUGUAGGGCUGAAGUGCCCGGGUGCUGGGGGUUGCUUGUGGCCCACUCAGCUUCUGGGGCGGUGGCCCGUAACCCUUCCCUGCCCCGGGUACUGACCAGGCCCUGGUCCCAGAGCUGGCGCUGGCCCCAGGCCGGCAGCUGCACCUGCGCUGCUCCAUACCCCUCAGGGGAAGACAGAGGAGCCGUGAGCUCACCUGCUCCUUCCCCUCCUCUGCCCACUGGUGGGGGGGCGGAGGACCCGGGAGGACCUGCCUCCACACGUGCUCCUAAAGCUUCCUGCGCUCCUAAAGCUUCCUGCCUCUAACCGUCCUUUCCAUGUCCCGCUGCACUGGUGCAGACCUUACGACUGGCUGGGCUGGGUCCCUAAAUGCUAGCAAGUGACUCAGAGAACUCUGCCCUAAUCCGAGAACCACAGGUGGAGGGAUGGGCUCCAAGACAAAGGUGAGCCUCCCUCCGUGAGGUACCUGGGUUGAUGUCCACAUUGCAGCAGCAUUUUCAGUCUAACUGGUGGCUGUCUCAGGCCAAGGACAAGGCAAUUUUUACUCUGUGAAAAAGCUGACAAGAGCUCCAAACGGGGGCCGCACGCCUUCCCCUUACACGGGCAGCUCUGCCCUGUAGGGACAAAGCCCCGUUCACCCAGAUGCAGGGUCGCAGGGUCACAGGAGAAAUAGGUGUUCAAGUCCCUGGAGAAGACAACUCCCCAUCUAGCAAAUGGGGACACAAGUGACAGACAAAACUACUUUUUUAUAUGCAUCAGUAUUUUUUGUUCAUUAAAACGUGUUGAUUAUCCA